AAUGGGAAUGGGCUCGGGAGGUUCCGGUACCGGCUCCUGGCGCGUGCGCAGGGCGCGGAGCCGAGCGCCGAGUGGGCGUGGCCAGGAGGGGUGGGCGGGGCCGAGAGCUGAGCUUAUCGAUGCUCCAGCCAAUCAGGAGGCGAGGGCGGAGAUUGGGGGGGUAUUAAACCCUAUAGGGGUGUAUUAAACCCUAUAGGGGUGUAUUAAACCCUAUAGGGGCAGGAUCCCAUUGUCUGUAGUGGGUAAAUUAAGGCACGGGAUGUACUGGGGCGUUACUGGGAGGCAAUGGGGAGCACUGGGAUGGACUGGGAGGGCAAUGGGAUCCAAUGGGAUGCACCGCAUCGGUGUCACGUGAUGGAGGAAGCCCCGCCCUCGUCCCCCGUCCUCCCCUCCGCGCAUGCGCAGAGCCCAGGCCAAGAUGGCGGCUGCGGCGUCCGGAGCCGCUUCAUCCACAACCGGGAGCAACGGGGCCGGAGGGAUGGAGGUGGACGGGGCAGCCGCUCCCCCCGUCAUGGCCGGGGGGGUCCCCGGUAGUGUGGCUGUUGCUCUGCACCCUCUCGUCAUCCUCAACAUCUCCGACCAUUGGAUCCGGCUGCGGUCACAGGAGGGGAGGCCGGGACAGGUGAUCGGGGCGCUGAUCGGGCGCCAGGAGGGUCGCAGCAUUGAGGUCAUGAACUCCUUUGAGCUCCUCUCCCACCUGGUGGACGGACACGUGCUCAUAGACAAGGAGUAUUACUACACCAAGGAGGAGCAGUUCAAGCAGGUGUUCAAGGAGCUGGAGUUCCUGGGCUGGUACACGACAGGGGGACCCCCCGAACCCUCCGACAUCCACGUCCAUAAGCAGGUGUGUGAGAUCAUCGAGAGCCCCCUCUUCCUGAAGCUGAACCCCAUGACCAAGCACACGGAUCUGCCUGUGAGCGUGUUUGAGUCUGUCAUUGAUAUCAUCAAUGGGGAGGCCACGAUGCUGUUCGCGGAGCUGCCCUAUACCCUGGCCACGGAGGAGGCUGAGCGCAUUGGGGUGGAUCACGUGGCCAGGAUGACGGCGACGGGGGGAGGGGAGAGCAGCACCGUGGCCGAGCACCUGAUCGCUCAGCACAGUGCCAUCAAGAUGCUGCACAGCCGAGUGCGGCUGAUCCUGGAGUACGUGCGGGCGGCACAGGCUGGAGAGGUCCCGUUCAACCACGAGAUCCUGCGGGAAGCCUGUGCCCUGUGUCACUGUCUGCCCGUGCUCAGCACCGACAAGUUCAAGACUGACUUCUAUGACCAAUGCAAUGACGUGGGGCUCAUGGCCUAUCUGGGCACCCUGACCAAGGCCUGCAACACCAUGAACCAGUUUGUGAACAAGUUCAAUGUCCUCUAUGACCGGCAGGGACUGGGACGCCGCAUGCGGGGCCUGUUCUUCUAGGGGUCCUCAAUGGGGUCCUCAAUGGGGUCCUCAAUGGGGCUUCA